AUGGAAAACAGUACAGUUACUAAAGAGUUUUCCUUAUUGGGAUUUUCCAAUAGUGAGAAGUACAACAUACUCCUUUUUGUUGUGUUUCUGUUUAUCUAUUGUGUUGGAAUGUUUUGGAAUCUAAUUAUAACCAUGUUAAUAUAUAUGGAUCCCCAUUUACAUACUCCCAUGUACUAUUUUAUCUGCAACUUGUCCUUUGUUGACAUCUCCUACACCACAGUCACCCUUCCAAAACUGAUGGCCAUUCUCAUGACUGGGGAUUACUCAAUAUCCUUCACACAAUGUUUCAUCCAAUUGUACUUUUUCGAAUUUCUGGGUGGCACUGAGACUUUACUGCUUUCUGCCAUGGCUUAUGAUCGCUACGUCGCUAUUUGUUUUCCUCUACAAUAUCAGCUUAUUAUGAAUAAAACAAAAUGUGUCUCCAUUUUUGUAGGCAUAUGGGCUUCUUCUUGUGGCAAUGCUAUUUGCAUGGCCUGUUUCAUGUCAACAUUAUCAUUUUGCCACUCCAAUAAAUUACAGCAGUACUUCUGUGAUAUCAAACCCAUUUCUGAACUCUCCUGCGCAGAUAUAAGAAUUUAUAUUGCAGUCUGUAUGGAAACAUUUAUUUUAGGGCUCUGUCCAUUUUUGCUCAUUUUAAUAUCCUAUAAGAAAAUAAUAUCCUGCAUAUUACAUAUUAAAUCAGUAGAAGGUAGGAAAAAAGCUUUCUUCACUUGUACUUCCCACCUCACUGUUGUAUUAAUUUUCUAUGGGACUGUUCUGUGGCUGUAUACACAGCCACCUUUAAAACCCUCGGAGGAAAUAGAUCAAGUGUUUUCGGUGCUGUACACAGCAGUGACUCCUAUGUUAAACCCGCUAAUAUACAGUCUAAGGAACAAAGAGAUUAGGAAUGCUUUAACAAGGCUUGUGAACCCAAAAUAA